AUGGGUGUUCUGGAUAAUACUUUUGGAGCAUUCUUAAUUGGGGUUGUGGUCUCUGCCACGCUCUACGGUGUCACUUGCGUACAGACAUGGUACUACUAUAGCCGGUACCCCUCGGAUCCGUGGUACAUCAAGCUCAUGGUUGGCGCUGUGCUUCUAUCAGACUCAGUGCAUCAAGCUCUGAUUACACAUACAGUGUAUACUUAUCUUGUAACGGAUUUUGGCGUCGCUGCUGACCUCGGGAAACUUGUCUGGAGUCUGGUUAUCGAAGUCUUAUUCAAUGGCUUUACAGCACUUUUGGUUCAAAGCUUCCUUACCAUGCGUGUAUACAGACUAAGCAACAAGAGUUUGGUUGCAACCAUGUCUGUGAUGACCCUUGUGAUUGGUGAAUUCCUCCUCGUUGUCAUAUACGUUGCAAAGGCUAUCAAUAUGACGACGUUCGUGGAACUCACUGCGCUCAAGCCAUUGUCCAUGUCUGUGAACGCUUUGGCGGCUGCUGGAGAUGUCCUUAUCGCUGUAUUACUCUGCACACUCCUUCAACAAUCUCGCACUGGAUUCCGGAGGUCCGACAACAUGAUCAAUAAGCUGAUUCUGUUCAGCAUCAACACCGGUCUCCUCACCAGCAUUUGCGCUGUCAUGUCACUCAUUUCUAUUACAGUGUGGGAUGGUACUUUCAUUUACAUUGCAUUUUAUUUCUGCUUGGGCCGUCUUUACUGCAACUCCUUACUGGCAACCCUUAACGCACGCAAGAGUCUUCGCGGUGAUACCCGAGAUGAAAACAUGUCGCUCUCACUUCAAGGCAUUCAGAAAAGCUCUAAUAGCACUGGUACCGCGCAAAAGCGAAUUCCGAAUAACAUCUCGAUUAAAAUUGAUACCACGCAGGAGUACGUUCGGGAUGAGAACUAUAGCUACUUGGCGCAUGGGAUCACCGUCUAG